ACAAUUUUUAACUCACCGAAAUUGUCAGUGACCUUUUUUUUCCAUUUGACACCACUGGGAUGGCCCCAAGUUUUGCUUUGUUAUUUAUAGGCUUGAGGAGAUUUGAGGCAAGCUGCCCUCAGCUCUUGCAACCUUUCCUUCCUUCUAUUCUAUGGCUAUGGCCCUAUUUAUGUUUGGCUGCUCCUGAAUCUCCUCCUAUUGCCCUUCUGUCUCACAUCCCUGUCUCAUAAUUAAAGUCAUAAUUAAGGAGCUUCUCUAAGGUGAUUGGGACUUGUUGCAGGGAUCAGGAGGAAAACAACAAGGAUAACUUAAAUUUUGGAUUAACAACAAGAGGAAGUGGAUCAACCAGACAAGAGGAAAACGUGCAAACAAGACAGGCUUGCAACAUCACCUUGAGUCCAAAGCCAAGAAAGAUGGGGCUGUCAAUCUCAUACCCACCAGACGACUACCUGCCAGCAAUGGAGGACAACAUGGGCAGGCUGUUCAUCCGGUCCCUCAGCUUCGACGACGACAUGGAGGCCGCCGCCGAUGACUCGCCGUCGACAUCACCGAUGCCAUCACCGUCGGCGACAUUGCUGCCGGCAUUCGGCUCCGGGGGGAAGCUGAUCAUAGAGGGCUCCCUGAGCUUCAAGAGAAGAGAGGCUGACCCGGUUCAGAUGGAGACCAUGAUAUCCAUCAGGAGUCCCAAGUCUGACAAGGAGAGCUGCAGCAGCAAGCCAAAUGCUACUGCUGGUGCAUCGAGAUUUGCGCUUGCCGGAGACCAGACACCGGAGGAUUCUCCGGUGAUCGCCGGAGUUGCCAGCCCCAAGCACCAGGCAGCGGCUGUCAGGCUGCAGAAGGUGUACAAGAGCUUCAGGACAAGAAGGCAGCUCGCAGAUUGCGCCGUUCUUGUCGAGCAGAGCUGGUGGAAAUUGCUCGAUUUCGCACUGCUCAAGCGGAAUUCGGUGUCGUUCUUCGACAUUGAGAAGCCCGAAACGGCCAUCUCGAGAUGGUCUCGGGCAAGAAUGAGGGCUGCCAAGGUUGGCAAAGGUCUGUCCAAAGAUGAGAAGGCCCAGAAACUUGCUCUACAGCAUUGGCUUGAGGCGAUCGAUCCUCGACAUCGGUAUGGGCACAAUCUGCACUACUACUACCACCGUUGGCUCCAUUGUGAGAUCAACCAGCCAUUCUUCUACUGGUUGGAUGUUGGUGAAGGGAAAGAUGUCAACUUGGAAGAGCAUUGCCCUAGAUGGAAGCUGCAUAAGCAAUGCAUCAAGUACCUUGGCCCUAAAGAGAGGGAAUCCUAUGAAGUGAUCGUCGAGGAUUCGAGGCUGAUAUACAAACUGAGCCGUCAGAUCGUCAACACGACCAAAAGCCGAAAGGGCUCAAAAUGGAUCUUUGUGCUGAGCACAUGCAAGACUCUGUAUAUUGGUCAGAAACAGAAGGGCACAUUCCAGCACUCCAGCUUCCUUGCAGGGGGAGCUACAUCAGCUGCAGGGAGACUGAUUGUAGAGGAUGGAAUUUUGAAGGCAGUCUGGCCUCACAGUGGGCAUUACCGGCCAACAGAGCAGAACUUUCAGGAGUUCAUGAAUUUCCUGAAGGAGAGAAAUGUGGAUCUGACUGAUGUUAUGUUGAACCCUUCGGAAGGUGAAGAUGAUGCCGAAUUCAGCCUCAAGAGCAGCCAUUCUAGGCAGGACUUGACCGAACUCUGUGAACCUGACAUGCAAGAACAUGAGGAACAAGUCACACAACACCAUGGCGCUGACGAAACCAAGACCAGCAGUGAUGCACCCACCAUGACAUCCACCGAAACCAUGGCGAGCACACCGGCAAUCAGGAAAUCCACCUCAGCCAACAAGCUGCAAGGGAAGCGGCCUCCGAGGCUGCUGAUCAGUUCCAACAACACAGAACUACCCGCAACACAUUGCAACGGAAGGCCAUCACCGGUUCACAAGGACAUCGACGAGGAUUCCACCAUGUUCGGAGAGUGCCUCGCCUUCUGCAAGAAGAACCUGUUUGCAGAGGAAGGCAAUGAAGAAGAUGAGCUGGUGGAAGUACCAGAGGAGAUGAUCAUGAACCGUAUCAACUGCAAGAAGGCCACGAAGUCAUACCAGCUGGGGAAGCAACUGUCCUUCCAAUGGAGCACUGGAGCAGGUCCUCGGAUCGGGUGCGUUCGCGACUACCCAUCGGAGCUCCAGUUCCGAGCAUUGGAGGAGGUCAGCCUGUCACCCCGGGGAACUAGGUCGACGAGGUUUUCGUCGCCGAGGCGAAAGCCCUUGACACCAAAUAGCAUUCCAGUUGCAAGAUUUGGUUGUAGCCCUACAGCCCAAGGUGACAACAUGGGGCUGAAGCCAAGGCAGAGGUGUGCUACUUGGACUGCUUUCUAAUGUUGAUAUGGCAUGCAAAUUGCAAAGGCAAUGCUGCUUUUCUUCUCCUUAACUGGAGGACGAUGCAAAGUGUAUAGUGAGUGAGGGAAACAUGAGAAUGUCAUUCUUUGGUUUUGUAGAUGUGUAGAGCAAACACACCAUGGCUUCCAAGGAACAAGCAAUAAGAUGUACCUUCCGAAGAAGUAAUAACAAGUAAUAAGAUGUAUUUUUAGAUAUGACA